AAAAAUCGAAGACAUUAAAUUUAUUAGGUUCAACAUAUUAUAUACAAAUGAAAAUGAAAUCAUUCGAAAAACAACAUUUUUUUAAAUUGCACAAUUUUGAAAUAAAAUCUGUUAAGGCGUCUGAAAUCGAACUUUAAUCGAUUAACAAAUUUAAUCAUAUCGCAUAUCGUAUCUGAACUGAUUAUGCCACACUAUCCACAACUGUCAGUUCCAAUCAAAACAACACAAAACACAAACAAAGAAGGUUGCAUUCGGUGUUGAUUCAGUCCGUUCUUUCUUUGUUUUCGCAUUUUAAAAGCGAAGAAGCCCGGUUGAACACAGCGUAUAUUAUUAAAAAUACGUUUAUAAGUAAUUUUCUAGUACCACGACUUAUUUCCGCGCGAUGGCGUCGAGAAAACUGAACACAAUCGAAGACUUGAGCGAAUCAUGGGUCGAGCUGAACUCUGGCGGCGGCCUGGCUGCGGUCGAGAAUGAAUACAUACGACUCCUGAGGGAAGCCCAGCGCGAGAGUCGAGACUCCUCCGUCAGGCACUCUAGGGCAUCCAGCGUGAAGGGAAGCCCGAAGUCUCCUCCGAACAGCCCGAAUCUGGAGCCCUCCACCGAGGAUGAGCUCAAAGGUGUCUACAUCAACUGCUGGAGGGAUGACUCCAACGAUUGGGUCUGGGAGUGGAGCAGCCGUCCCGAUCAGCUGCCGCCCAAAGACUGGAGGUUCAAACAUCCUCAGAGCGUCCGCGGUCCUCCCUCGGCCACCUCCUCGAUCGAGGUGCUGGAGCAGCAGCUAGCGCCGCCCGUUAUGCAGCAGAGCCACUGUCUGUCCGUACGUCGCACUUGUCUGUUCAGUCGCGGCGCCAUAGUGGCGGUGCUAGCCACCAACAUCGUCUCGUUAUUGCUCGGCGCCGGAAUAGGCGUCUGGCUAAGCAAGAAGGGAAUGCUUCCGCCCAGACUGAUCGUGAUCAACUGAACCUUAAGACUGACAUGUUGGCGAGCAUGCGCGCGGACAUGCUCGGGCCGCCGAUGCAUUGCGUGUUUUAGUUUAGAACGCUACGCAUCGGUCGUCGCUAGAACUUGAAAAAAUGUCGCGCUUCGCCGAUGUCCUUGGGCCGCAAACGCUGAUGCGGCUGUUUAUUAACAAAAAAAAGCUUAUGUUUAAGUUAAUAAUAUAAAAUAAAUUCCUUUUAUUGACACACACAUUCGAAUGGUAACAUAAUAAUAAUAAUAUGUAAAUUAAAUUUGUAAUAUCACUUUUGUUCGCAAUUAUACGCAAUACACAAUAACUUGGCGUUGUAAGAACAUUAUAAGUUUGAUAUAUAUAUAUAAAAAUUGUAUAUUAUAUAGUAAUAUCGUGAUAUACACUGUUUUUUAAGGCCAAUAAAACUAAUUUUGGCUUGAAACAUGAUCGCAAUGUCUGAAAUACAUUAAAAAAUUUAUUACAUAAAAUUUAAAUCCAGAGGUGAAAGACUAUUUGGUUUAAGCGACAUUUAUCUUUUUAAUUAAAGGUUCUUUUCAUUUGGUAUCAGCAUCAACAGUUCGAUGUUUUUAUAAUUGAACUUCAAUUAUGUUUAGUCCAUUCAAAUAGCUAAAGAAGUUUUUUUUUUAUUAAAUAAUAUGUUUCCAAAUUUUAAACAUUAAAUGGCUUCCUCGUGUUAAAUUGCAAAAAUGUCGCUCAAACCCAAUAACCUUUCACCAUUCCGAUGUAUAAAUUAAAUGGCCAUUACAAUAAAUGUAAUACGGAAUCAGAAUUCGUAUUGCCAAGGCCAUGAGAACGGGUGAGGACAUAUCGCCGUCUCCCUCUAUCGGGCGCGCAAUAAUAAUUCUAGUUUAAUUUGUAAUCUAUACAUAUAAAUAAAAUUGGAGUGUCUGUUUGUGAUAUUGAAAAAACCGCUUUUUACUACAUAAAUAUGAAUAUAUAUACACGGUAAAUACACCAAAAUAACAUUUUUUACAAAUUUUGUCUGUCUGACUGUCUGUUUGUUUGUUUCGGCUAAUCUCUGGAACGGCUGGACCGAUUUUGACGAGACUUUCACUGAUAGCUAGCUGAUAAUAUAAGGAGUAACUCAGGCUACUUUUUUUAGACUAGCUUCGCCCCGCGACUUCACCCGUGGUACGACAAUAACCGCGGGUAACAUGGCGGGACUCAGUUUAAAAUAAAAUGCGUCUAAAUACACAAUAUACAUGCCCUCUCUUAAUACACGAUCGUAUGUUAUUGAAUUGUCAAUUUAAUACAAAUUUAAUAAAUAAACAUUAUCCAGAUAUUAGUAUUCGAAGCUCUUUCCAUUAUUUACUUAAAUAUAAUCAAGUAAAAACAUCAAAGAGAUACAGUGAAUUAGGCUAUCAAGUUAGCGUUAAAAAAAUAUCAAUUUUUAUUGAAAAUUAAACAAAAAUUAACCUAAAACUAAAAAACGAAUAUAAUAACUAAAAUAUUUUAUUAAAUGGCUUUAGGCAACUUAACCUUUAGGCAAGGUUCCGAAGAAGUAAUAUGUUCGUUUUUUUUGGUCAAUGAAAUAAGUAAAGAAAAAAUAUGGCCGGCAAUUCCCUCCAUUUUCGUAUUAAAUUGACAAAUUUGCAUUCGAUCGUAGUAGGUACAUACAUAAUUAAUGUUUCUUAUCUAUUAUAAUAAAUUAGUUUAGUACUUAAGUUAAUAUAGAAAUAUAAUAAAUAUAGUAAUUUUUUUACUGGAAACUGCAAUGUUAUUCAAUAUUGACUGAAUUUUUUAUAUAUUUGGUCUUUAUAGGUAGUUUGAUUUCGGCUUUAAGCGAAUGUAAUGUUUACGUUCAUUGUUAUAAGGCCGAUUCUUGCGUGUAUAAGUUUUGAUUUUGUAGACUGUCAGCAGAAUUGCGUCGGCCGCACACUGUAAGAAUUGAUUGUCGGAAAUGUUCUUUGUCCGAGACCCCGCAGACUGCAAGAAAGACGGAUAUUUCAUAAUUCCUUAACGCGUACACGAUCGUCGUGUGAGAAAUGUUGCUAAACCAGCUUUAGUGCCGGCGCAAUGUCUGUCCCGGAUAUAGCAGCCGGAUACCCGAUCGAUCAUUCAUACUCUUCUAGCUGGAGCGUUAGAAAGAGAUAGAGAAAACGAGUUCGACGACAAUCGUGUAAGUGUAAAAGGCACCUUUGCUAGGCAAGUAAUUUUCUGAUAUACACGUCUCACAAUGUGCGGCAGUGUUUGUUCUCCGACAGUUGGCAUUGUCAUCGUGUGACACAUAUACCGGCUUACACAAUAUCAGCUUACAAAAUGUACUAGUUAAAAGUAUAAUAUUUCAUUAUUAUGAUUCGCUUAAGGCUUCGUCAAACAGAACGCGUAAUUAGCGCGCGUCAGAGCGUUAAACUGACGGUGCGCUAUGACGCCGAGAUGCGUUGUACUAAUAUGGUAAUAUACUGUCGAACAGCCCUAACGGCGCGACACAGCGUUGCGUACUUAUAGCGCUGGGGCUCUGUCUGACAGUAUGUUACCAUAGUAGUACAACACAUCUCGGCGUCAUAGCGCGCCGUCAGUUUAGAGUCCUGACGCGCGCUAAUUACGCGUUCUGUUUGACGAAGCCCUUAGUCGGUCGCGCUUCAAGACUUUAGUAUUUUAUUUAUUCGAAAAUUGGCGCCAUUUUCCUGUUUUGACACAUUUCAUUGCCUCUUUAAAUUUACUAUUACAUGCGUGUAAUCGAUCGUACUGUGUUUUUUAAUUACUCGAUUUUUUUUUAAUAUUAAGCAUCGGCGUUAUGUAUAUUUAUCUCAAAUGAUUUAUGGAUUUCUUAAAAUUUAGGAAAUUGGCGGAUUUUUAGGCAAAGGAAUUUCACGAAUGUAAAUUAAUUUUAUUAAAUGAAUAAGGAGUCCAUAAUUGUUUUCGUCAUAAUAAUGUAAUAAUAUGUAUAGAAAGUCUUAGGUUAAAUUUUUCAUAGUAUAAAAUCGCUAGUUUGUUUCUUUUUUAUUUUUGUUAUUAAGAAUGUAUCUCGUGGAUUGGCUCAGACUUUUUGCUAGUAAUUGGCAUAUAAACGAGUAUAUUUGGGAUUGAAAAUAGUUAUUUGUUAAUUGACUAAUAAUAACAUGUCACACAUGGCAUGCUGCAUAUAUAUAAGAAAAAAAAAACUUGCAAUAUAGUCAUAGAAUAUUUUUUUAAUUUAUCAUUGCAAUCAGUUAACUGACGAGCAAUUUUACGACCACUAGGUGAGGCCUAGAAAAAAAUACAAAAUUUUAAAUAUGUCUAUUAUUAAUAUAAAUAUAAAAAAUAAUAAUGCUUCUCCGUUUAAGACGUCUUUGCCGAUCCGCGUGACAUACAAUGUUAAUAAUAUGACAGAUGUUUGGUUAGAAAUUGAGCAGCUAAACAGAAAAAUGUUUAUUGUAAAUUUAAUUGCAAUCCAAUGCGAAUCCAGGUAAUAUGUAAUGAAACGAGUUUAAAUGAACCAAUGAAGAAACAGUUAAGUUAGUGGAUGCAUAAGAAAAAUGUAAUUAAACUACAUAAUAUCGUGAAUAAAAAAAGUAACUCAAUUGAUUUGGGGGGCUACGAAGACUAUAGAGUUUGUUGGAUUGAGACCCUGAAAAAAAAAGCUAUAAGUUUUAUUUUUAAUUUUAAUAAACUCUGAAUACAUGUUUAUAAGUCGGAAGUAUAAAACUAUUUUCUUAAAAUUUUCUAGAUAUGCCACUUCAGUUCUGAAGGUGCAAUAUUAAUUAUUUAGUCUCAGAUGAUUCGGUGUUUCCCGACAGAGAAGCAUUAUUGGAUAGUCUUUUAUUUUGAAAUCUAAAAACAUUCUUCUUCUACUGUGUAAUUUUUUAACAAAUUGAAAUUUGUUCCAAAUUGUAUAUUUCCACGGCGAAGGCACUGAAGCUACGCGCGGUAAAAUUAAACAAAAUGGCUGCUGUUUUUUCUUUCAAAUUCGUCUUGUCAUUAUUAUAAACUUUGUGUGUAAAUAUAAUAUUGCGUUCACAUUAUCACCGUAAUAUACUAAGUGCUUAAAUAUAAGAAUGCAUUUUAAUUAU